CUUACUCCUCAGUCCAUUCAAUCACAAUGGCUAUGAAUGAGGCAAAGGAUAGAAUUAGUCAACUGGAAAAUGCCAUAAAGAGAUUAGACUCGGUUAAAAAACACCUCUAUCGUAAUGCUUCAGAUAUAAAAGCAGAAAUUCAUGCCAAUGUGAGCCGCAACCUGGAAUGUCUGCGAGGGAGGGAGGUGAGCCUCUUGGGCCAAGUGGACACAGUGCUGGGGCUCAAAGAGGAAACAUUGCAGCAGCAGCAAGCCAGAUUGAACCAAGCUCUGGGAAUACUUCAGACGGGGCUGGCCAUGGUGUUGGAAGACACAGCCCCUCACAACUAUUUGGCUGACACAUUGAAAAAGUUGGACAAAGUGGAGCUCUCGCCUGAAGAAACACCUUACAUUUCAUUCAGGGCUGACCAUGUUGGUCUGAGAGAUUCUAUCCUUAACUAUGGACGUGUUGACUCUAAUGGUAUGCCUCUUAUCACAGCCUUUGAUGACCCUGGCAACCCCUCUGCUAGUCUGCCUCGCCAUAUAGAGGAGUAUGAGGACGUGGACCAUCACUUCUUCUACAAAACUCUUGAAGAAGUUCGAAGGUCACAGAAUCCAGUAUCAUGUAUCAAUGUAACUAUUCCCAAAUUGUCAAAUCGUGUUGAAGAUUGGCUACAGAAAAAAAUACCCACCACAGGCUUGAAAACAUUUGAUUCUGAUGUCAGCGUUAAGCCUGUGCAGCCCAACCCUGCUGUCAGACCCAGCACUCUAGCUAAAGCUGGUGAAGCCAUGUCUGUUGGUCUGUCACGUACUUCCACCCCAGGUAGCUCCUGCAGUCUCAACAACUGGCUGAGUAUAAUCAAACAGCAUGUCGAUCAGGAAGAAGAGCAUGACUUUGAAAUUAUUGAUCACUCAGUUCCCAACAGAGCUUCCAGAGAGGCAGACCAUAAGUUAUGGCUGGCACCCAACAGUAAAACACCUGAUGAAUUCAAGAGCAACUUUUUCAAACAUAUUCCUCAAGAUAAAAAGGUCUGGCUGCUACAGUUCUGCCAAACAAGAACAAAUGAAGGACAGCACAAGGAAAUGUUCGCUCACAUCAGCAAAGAUCUGUCCACCUGGCUUCGCUCAAGAGCUUAUGCCAAAAAUGUUUCAGUGGAGAAGGGUGUACCAAACUUCUUCUCUCACAUCAGCAAAGAUAAAAGUGUUUGGCUCUUGAAGCAGAAACAGGCAGAUAAAAAAGUGGAAUCUGCUGGUGUCAGAAGUGGAGCCUACAUAAAAGAUGUGGAGAAGUGGCUGAUGCCUAAACCAACCAACUCAUCUGCUGUAGUGAACAAGGAUCUGCCUCUAAACGCUGACAUCAAAAUUGUUGAAGAGCCUACUGCUGCUACAGAGGAUGAAACCAAAAUUAAAUCCAAAGAUGUUUUUAGACCACUAAAUUUGCCACUGCAUGACUGGCUGUCCCAUUCCUACAAAAAACAAGCUGCUGAGUCACCAAAAAAUGCUUCAUUUUUGGAUUUGGGUCAACACAUUCGUAGUACAAGCAGUUCUUUCUGGUUAGCUAAGUCAAGUCAAUCAACUACCUUGGCAAGUAAUCAAGACACAGAGAAGACCAGAGAGGAUAAAGAGAUACCAAAGGAACCACCUAGCCGUAUACCUGCCAAAGCAAGCUCAUCUGCAUUGGAUUUUUGUCUCUCUGAUUGGUUGUUGGUGCCCAGUGAGUUGAACAAUCCAAUCGCAGAGCAAGAAGCUGAUAAAGAGAAAGAUGAGUCUGAGGGCUGGAGUGUUUGCUCAGACCAGACCUUCACCAGUUCCCACCAUGCUCAGGAUGUGGCUGCGGCCAGGGAGUACUUAAACAAAUGGGUCCUGUAAACAAAAAGGUUUUGAUUUAGAUAAAAUAUCUCUAAACCCAUCUUGCAAUACCCUCACAGAUAUUCAUCUCACUAUUGGACAAGACCACCUUGUAUUUAUUUUUUAGUGCUCUUCAUAAGAAAAAACUAAACCUUUCCUUUCUGUUGCUGUAUUUUGUGUAGCCACUCUCCAUUAUUAAGAAAAUUGAAAGUCUUGGUAACUUACAAUAAAUUUUUUGUUCAACUUUCUUCUUUUUAAAUUUCUAUUUUUUGUUCUUUUAAUAACUUUUAACAGUUAACUUUUCAUAUUUUAACAAUCUGUGUCUCCUCUGUGCAAUACAGUCUGACCAUAAGCCUUUACUUUUUUUCUAACUCCUUUGGCCUCUUUAAACAGGCAUUCUCCUGAGAUUUUGUUAUGUACAUUGAUGAUGGGCUGGUCAAGUAAUCAACUCUUUAAGGUAUCCAGUUCCCAUCCCUGUCCUGUUGGAGGCGUUGGCAGUAGUGUGGAAUAUGCUACUUAGCACCCUGUAACUAAUGAAGAGCCGCAAAACUGUUAAAUAAAAUAUCUAGUGUUUAAUAUUUGUAAGGUUAGACUGUAUAAGCUAAUUAUUUUGCUUUGUUAUAGAAUUAAAUUGCCAUUUGAGUGGUCCAUUUUCUAGUUGGUUUGACUUCUUGUCACAUUAUUGUUUGCCAUAAGAUAUGUGUGUGGUAUAGCCAUGACUCGAGGAUGUUUAGUGAAUCCUUGCUUGACCUUGUUAGUUGUAAUCAUUGUCCUCACAGCGUUCACUAGAGUCAUGUUCUGUUUUCUACGACACUAACAAUAUCUCCUUCAUUUGUGCAAUCUGGGUUUUUUUUCUGCUUUUCUCAAAAAAAUAUUUGGAACAUAGUCUUAUAUAUUACCGGUAUACUAGACUGGACUUGGAGAUUUUUUAAACACUACAAAAAAUGUAAAAAAUUUUUUUUAGAAAGUUGGAUCAAGGUGUUGUUUUGUAAAGUAGUUAAAAGAAGUAAAGUUUUUUUGUUUUUUUUCAACCCUAGCUUAUGUAACAUAUAAUUUAAUUUUUAGAUCUAGAUGUAGUAAUUGAACAUAAAAAAUAAGAGUCUCAUAAUUAUUAUUUUGCAUUUUUUAAAUACAUAAUCUAGAAAGAUCUAGGUAAUCAAUCUAUUUAAAUGUACAUAAUAUGAUUUAAAUCAACUUGAUUAUUUCGAUCUAGGAUUUUUGAAACAUUAUCUCAAUGGAAACAAACAGGAAAUGGCUUUGUUUCAUAUAUUUCCAUCAAUAUCCGAGAAAUGAUUUUGCAUUAUUUCUAAACUUUGAAAACUAAAGAUCAUUACUUUUCUAAGAUUGAUUGGGGCGACUCCCCUUAGAGCUUAAAAAAGAGUUUACGUACAUAAAAAUCAAUACAUAUAUAGGUCUGUGAAUCGAUCAGUCGCGGAUAAGAAUUUAUUUCGGUUUCCAGUCUAGUAUAAAAUAACAAGUCUAUGGUUUGGAAUUUUCUGUAAACAAAAUCUUUACCUUUUCUUUUUUUGGCCUUUAAAAUUUGUUUUGAUUCAUAAUAUUAAUUCCUAUUUUUCAAUGGCAGGUAAAAAUUAUCUUAUCUUAUAUAAUACAGACAUUACUUCAAAAAAGAAGUUUUGUAGAGUUUAUUGUAUAAUUAAUGUGAAAAAGAGUUACAAUAGAAUGAAGGCUGUGAUAAUAAUAUUUAGCUAUUUAAUAAGCUAUUGGCUUGUAAAGUAUCUGGGUAGGGUGGGGGAGUAUUAUUGGUUCUGAACUGAUACAGAAAUAAAGGUUUAUUUAUAUGUAUUUGAUUAUAAAAAAUAAUCUUGAUUUAAAAAAUCAGCUUUAUAGCUAAUGUUUUGAUUGUUUUUUUUUUGUUUUGUUUUUUUCACUUUAUUGUCAAUGAUUGUUACAUUUCAAACAAGUGCACAAUUAUUUGUUGACUUGCAAGUAACAAAAAGUGAAUUUGUAUAGGUAGCCUGAAUGUAUUCAGCUGACUCAAUUUUUACAUAAAGAGUUACUGAGUUAGAGCUAAACAUUGAGACAUUUGUUGAUAUUAUUCAUGCGUUAAACUUUACAUUUAACAACUGAGGUCUUGUCUAGUUGUUUUUUUUUCUUCUGAUAUUUACAUUAGACUGGCAAUUGAGAUUUAGAGAUUGUUAAAAUUACCAAGUUAGUCCCAAAACCUUUUUCUUUGACACAUUUUUUUGUAUGAUAACUGUCGAAACAUGGCAGUGUGUGUUAGAUUUUAAUUUUAAAAUUUGGGAAGUAACAAAAGUUAUAUUUAAAAAAUAACUACCAUGCAUUUAUUAAUAGGUUUCUGAAUAUAUCCAGCAGGUGUUAAAGAAACAUUUGAAUAUCAUUGGGUUUAUUUUUUUUUUUUUUUGUUUUUGUGUUGAAGAUUGUAUGACCUAAAACUAGAUCUUCAUCUAUGCUUAGAUCACUGAUAAUAUCUAUGCCAGUGACAAUGUACUAUCUUUUUAUAUGCAUGUAAACUCCAGUCCUACAAUAACAGCAUUAAACACACACUUAGACUAACAUUAAGGCUAUGUGUGCAUCUAUCUUCAACUUCUCCUCCACCAUAGAUUCUAUGUAUCCUAGCAUUUAGUCAGAGAUCUUUAAAACUUUUUGUUUUGUUUCUUUGGAUUCUAUCAAGAAAAAUACUUUACACUUGAGGAAAUAUUCAAUUGUUAAUAAAGACAACUAUUAUAAUUUAA